UCUUUCAAAACUAAAUAUCUUCAAUCAUUUUCAAAAACUAAAAGCAAGAAGGCCUUGCAAUAAAGAUUUUGAAGGCGAACAGCUAGUCCGAUAUUUGGCGCUGGAGUCGAAUGUGGUGCCUAGAAACGCAAGUUUUGCUUAAACGGUAUGGUCAUUAGUAUCCUGUCAUGGUUUGAAUCGAUCUUAUCUUCACAAUAAAACCACAAUUACCAUCUGAACUAGAACCGCGCUGUCUCAAACUACAACGCCAGAAUUUUGUURAGAAUAUCCAAAGUGACUGAGGAAUAAGACGUACUUGUGUAUUGUAUGUCKGUCCGUACGUUUUCUCAGCACACUUCAUUAUCUGUUGUGUUACUGGUUUGCAUAUAUAUGCAAGAAGCCCUGAUUGGUCGAAAUGUGGGUUAAUUUGAUUGUUAACCACAGCAUGAGCUUUACAAUGGCUGAAAGAGAAAAUAUUCCAUGGUGUUACGCUAACAGGAAUAUGUUGGUUAGAAAUUGUGAAUUUUCCUGCAAUAGUCAUAUCAAGAUGAUGGAGUACGCGCGACUACGAUCCCUUGUACCGUCCGUCGCUUCAAAGUCACGCGUGUCGAAGAUCCAGGUUAUUGAAGAAGCAAUAAAAUACAUAGCAUUACUACAACAGGCGCUUAGGACUCAGCCCGAUACURCGGUCCGAGAGGUCACCCAGGAAAAUAUCUCACAACAAACGACUCAAACGCGACCAAAAAGCCCUCGAUCGAAGCGUCGACGUAUUGCCUCAUAUAUGAUUAAAGCCCAAAGACAUACAUCAAAGACAAGACCAAAAUCUACAAAAUCAACAAUGAAAAAGCGAACAAGGCUUCUGAGAAUAUGAUGAACACAAGAGAAUUCAAGUAAUGGCGCCUGUGCUUAAGAUAGCAUAUAUAUGAUAUAAAUAUAUAUAUUUACAACCAGAUUCGCUUAAAAAUGCGAUAAUAAAAAGGUCGCACAGUUGGAAUUCAAACUGUGCGGAAUGCCUUACGCUGCGGGAUUAUACCGUUCAUUUUACUGCUUGGGUGAUAUAUGCACUAUAAAGCACUGCUAGAUGACCAAUCAAAUUAUAAAAAAAUCAAUUUAAACUGUGUGUUGAUUCACAAUCAAGACAUAAAUAAACUCUGAAAUAUAUGAUUAUUGAUGACUUAUUGUUCAAUAGGGAAAAGCUAAAGUUUUACAAAGACGUGACAAUAAAAAAACUAAAGGCUGUCA